GAGCUGACAUUAAGUCGCAGCGUGCCCCUUCCUUGCCCAUCACUUUUAAAUGCCAUCGUCGUGCCUGCGUGUCUGUCUUGUAGAUGCGGCGCUGGUGACCUUGCCCCCAGAUGCUGAGGUGCCUGCACCCCUGGCGGCCGCUGCCGAGCUGUGGUGGGAGCGGACUCUGCCUUCUGAAGCGGUGCCUCUUUACAAUGAAGGUGCAGUCCCCGGAGUUCCAGUCCCUGUUCACGGAAGGACUGAAGUGUCUCACAGAAUUGUUCGUCAAAGAGAACCACGAGCUGCGCAUCGCGGGAGGAGCGGUGCGCGAUCUGUUAAAUGGCGUGAAGCCGCAGGACGUGGACUUCGCCACCACGGCCACCCCCGCGCAGAUGAAGGACAUGCUUCAGGCGGCGGGCGUCCGCAUGAUCAACAACAAGGGCGAGAAGCAUGGGACCAUCACAGCCAGGCUUCAUGAAGAAAAUUUUGAAAUUACCACACUGCGGAUUGAUGUCGUCACUGAUGGGAGACAUGCCGAGGUGGAGUUCACAACUGACUGGCAGAAAGAUGCUGAACGCAGGGAUCUCACCAUAAACUCCAUGUUUUUAGGUUUCGAUGGUACUUUAUUUGACUACUUUAAUGGUUAUGAAGAUUUAAAAAAUAAGAAAGUGAGAUUUGUUGGACAUGCUAAACAGAGGAUACAAGAAGAUUAUCUUCGAAUUUUAAGAUAUUUCAGGUUUUAUGGGAGAAUUGUAGAUAAGCCUGGUGACCAUGAUCCUGAGACUUUGGCAGCAAUUGCAGAAAACGCAAAAGGCUUGGCUGGAAUAUCAGGAGAGAGGAUCUGGGUCGAACUGAAAAAGAUUCUUGUUGGCAACCAUGUAAAUCAUUUGAUUCACCUCAUCUACGACCUUGACGUGGCCCCUUACAUAGGUGAGGCCAAGUCAUAAAAUAUUUGCGUUUUUGGCAGUGAAACCUAUCUCGUUUAAAAGUUUGUGAGGGAAAAAGUUUGAUUAAUUUAGUUGAAGAAUUCUAAAAGAAAGGAUAUUUUAAAAUAAGAUACACUUUGAGGACAGGUAGGACAGUUUGGUUCCAGUUAGGGGACAACUCAAGGACAGCGUGGGAUCAUGGUACCAAGUGGCCUCUGAAGCCCGAGCUGGGUUUGAGUGAGGCUCUGCCACUCAUCAGCUCUCUGAUUUGGGUUAGUUUCUGAAUCUGAAAAUGGGGUAUGAAAGUCAUAGCACCUGUGUGACGAAGGGCAGAGGGCGUCAGUGAGCUGAUACACGAAAAGCACUUAGAAGAGUGACAGACACAGAAAUGGUUCAGAAACCGUUACAGUUAAUAUUCAAAAAGGAACAGUGGGAUUUCCAGUUGGUCUCACCUCGGGGAACUUGGGUUUAUUUACAUGAAGACGAGACUACUGAGGGUGGUGGCUGCUCUGUGGUCGUCUGGCAGUGAGUGGUCAGGGAUCUGUGACUGGGUUGCCCCUUGAGUCUGACGCCACUGUCACCGCCACCUCUGCCCUCCUGGUCCAGCUUAAGUAAUGGAGAUGGGGACGUUUUAGGGCUGCCCCCGGGGUUGAGAGUGAGCUGGAGAGGACAGUGGCAGGGUCAGUGGUCCCUGUAAGACGGAGCGUCAGACUGGACUAACCCCCGUCCUGCCUGCUGUGUGACAGAUGCUCUGGGUGCCAGAGCAGUGGAGGUUGAGGAUGU